CAACUCACUUGUACCCCCUUAUCCUACGUCGAAGGUGAACUCAGCGGCAGCUUCCGUUCCUGGCCUCGUCUGACAGGGGUGCCGAAGGACGCCAAAAAAGAUAAUUCCACAGCCUCACCUUCGUCCGGAAUUCAAGUAAACAUUGCAGCACACGAAUCCAACAGAUCAGCAGAGGGAAAGAAGCAAUUCUCGCCACAGUCACCGAUACCGAACGGUCUGAAUUUAUGGAAUCGUCUCUUGCCCUGAAAUCUUCUAACCUUCUAAGAGUGACUCACGUCAAAUUUUGAAACCCCACGUUGCGGAUGAAUGCUAUUCAGCCCAAUUCGGAGUACCGGUUCAAGAGGACCAUUCAGCUGUUUUGCAGCAGACUUUGUGUUUGAACUCUACAAGAUAUUGUUUCGCAAAGACCCUCGGAAAGACUUAUGCAUUGCGAGCGAACAUCCUACCAUAAUGCCGUCGACAGACUCACCUUCAGCCGUGGAAACGUCGCAACCAGAAGUUGCUGCCCCACUGGCACAGACUCAACCGAAUGGAAAAGGAAAGCAACCGGAAGGGGCUCAGCAAUCAUCGGCUAAUACAGAGAAAUCAAAGUCGAACAGCAAUGGAAAGCCAGCGGGAAAUGCACAGGAGACAAGUUCGACAAAGAAGCUUACGCCUGCCGAAUUGAAGAAGAAAGCAAAGGAAGAGAAAGCAGCACGGAGAGCACAAACUGUUGCAGCGAAGGAGGCGGAAAGUGCACCAGCGGCUCCAGAGCUUUCCCCAGCAGGCCCAUCCACAGUACCUCAACCAGCAGGAGGUACCUCGGGGUCUCAGCAGAGAGGAGAUGGACAGAAGGGUUCCAGGACACAGCAAAGAACAGGAGGUCCAGUUGGUAAUUCGCGGAAUUUGCCUUUCCGGGGAUCGCAAAAGGUUGCUGCUGCUACUGCAGCACCUGUUGUUCCAAAGAAAGAAGACAAGACGGUCGAGUUCUUCAGACAUCUGUACAGACAAAGGACAACCUCGAUUGCGGAUGCAAGUAAAGAGGUUCAUCCUGCGGUUCUAGCAUUAGGCCUGCAGAUGGGCAACUAUACAAUCUGUGGAAGCUGUGCUAGACUAGUUGCUAUGCUACAGGCAUUCAAGAGCGUUAUCGAAGCAUAUACAACUCCUCCUGGUAACUCACUUACACGACAUCUGACAUCGCAUGUCCUCUCACCCCAAAUCGACUAUCUGGCCUCCUGCCGUCCUAUCUCAAUAUCUAUGGGCAAUGCAAUUCGCUGGCUUAAGCUUGAGAUCUCGAAAGUCGAUGUUGAUACUCCAGAAGCGGAGGCCAAGAAAGAUCUCUGCGGAGCUAUUGAUGUCUUCCUUCAAGAGCGUGUCACUUAUGCCGAUAAGCUUAUAGCAAAAAAAGCAGCCGGGAAGAUCAAGGACGGAGAUGUCAUUAUGACAUAUGCGAAGAGUAGCGUAGUACAGAGAACACUCCUUAGAGCCUUCAGCAAAGGAAAGAGAUUCAAGGUUAUUGUCGUUGACUCACGACCAUUGCAUGAAGGGAAACAUCUGGCAGCAGCUUUGGUUAAUCUGGGUAUGGAUGUCCAAUAUUGCUUGCUAAAUGGGCUAGUUCACGUCAUUCAAAAUGUGACGAAGGUUUUAUUGGGAGCUCAUGCCAUGAUGAGCAAUGGUCGAUUGUUUGCUAGAGUGGGAACAGCUAUAGUAGCUAUGGAAGCCAACGAGGCUGACAAGCCAGUAAUUGUCCUUUGCGAGACAAUCAAGUUUACGGAGAGAGUGGCUUUGGACUCAAUUGUUCACAACGAGAUAGCUCCAGCUGAUGAGCUUGUCACACCUGGUGGACCACUUACGAAUUGGGAAGAUAUGAAGAAGUUGCAAAUAUGCAACAUGAUGUAUGAUGUCACCCCUGCCGAAUACCUUCACAUGAUCGUCACAGAAUCAGGCAAUGUGCCACCAACAGCGGUACCAGUCCUGCACAGAAUGGGCAACGAGAGCGGUUGAAAGAGGAGGAUACCAGCACUAUCUAGAGGCUGCGUUGCUGCAAAGCUAGGCAAAGGUAUAAGUCAUCUCGAUGGGCGCACCUGUGUACGAUAUGUAAUGAAGAUAUGUCGGAUGCACAGUUUCACAAGGCUACUCAGCACUAUGCUCAGACAUUAGAUUGAGCAUAAUUGCUCUGCUUACGAAAGUCGUUAUCUCAAG